UUCGGAAUUAUGUAUGCAAAAGGAAAUGAUUAAACUAUAAUUAAAGGGAAAAAAGAUCUUCUGAAGCGUAAACGACAAUUUUGGUCACCAUGUCGACUCAUGGCUCGUGACCGUGCGAACCGUACCACUGACCCGUAUAUCGUCAGUAUAUACAUACACAAUAAAAUAACAAUAUUUAAAAGAAGAAAGAAAACCCGAAAUAAUUUCUUUCCUCCCAAUAUUCCGUACACCCAUUUUCCCGAUGGCGACAUUGCUUUUCUCACCCGGGAAAUAAACAGAAACCAUUUACCCUUAUUAUUGGAAACUCUCGUAUUUGACUUAUCGCGUGGGACCCACUGACCGCCACCGCCCUGGUGCACCCCUCCGGUCCCGAGCUCUCACAACAUUAGCAACAAAUACCGGGUCCACCGGAAUCAUCUACAGCUGCUUUUCACACAUAUACGCGAAGUCCGUCUAGAGCACGCACCCACGUAGAGUCAUAAGAUGAAUAGAAUACUAUGACUAUUUCCAAUGGUGUUUGAUAAUUCUCCUUUCCCUUUUUCCUUUUGAAUUUCCUGUAAAGGUUGGUGCUUUAUGAUGGGGAGAUGAGGCUGUGUGUGAAAAAGAAGCAUUGGCGUCCAAGAUUGAUUUUUUCCCUUCUUUUUAUCUUGUUCUGGUGAUUCUUGUGAAGAACAGGACAGUUUCUGAGGAAAGAUGUCCCCUUACGGUAAGUACAUUCGCAAUCACAAUAUCAGAUCCUUUAUUUAUUCAAAUUUUGUAAUAAAUUUCUUGGCGAUUAUCAUUUCCCUUAUCGUUGGAUUUAUGUUUUUUUAUGGGUAUCUUAUUCGUUGCGGUUAGUUAAUGUAUUCAUCAUCUUGGAUUCUUGGGGUUUCUAGGCUUGAAAGGAAGGUGGUGGUGAUGCUUGACUUCCUCUGCUGUUGAUAGAUUUAAUUUUUCAUGGAUUGGUUUGAGUUAAAGCUCUGAUCUUUUUCUGCAAUAGUUAAAGAGUUUUGAUUAUCUCUGCUGUAGAUGAUGAUAUCAGAGAAAAGGGUAUCUUAUGGUUUGUAAUAUUUAGUGUUUGGUUUGAUGGGUUUGGAGAAACUCUGUAUAUGGGACCCAUUCUUGAGUCUCAACCUUCAUCAUCAUCAUCUGACCUUAAGAAGGAUAUGAGAUUUGUGAGUGUGUUUUCUUAGUGAGAAAGAUGGAUGAAGAGGUUAGUUCUUGGAUAAGGAGAACAAAAUUCUCCCAAACUGUUUAUCAUAGAUUAGGUCCAUCAAGGCUUGCCUCCUCCUCUCCUGUCACUUUUCACCCAACAACCAGAAUUCUUCAACCCUCAAAACCCACUGUUAACAAUCUGACAAACAAAGAACGAGCUAUCUCACCACUCCCGGAAAUGAAACUUCCUGAAACCUUCAAAGAAGCCCAAUCCAACCAACAAAGAUUCUCAACUCCACUCCGGCAACGCGAUAGAGGUGGGGCCAAUGGAGCAAAGACACAUAUUUUGAAAUCUGUCUUUACUUCUAGUCCGAGCCGUAAUUCCCCUUUGGUGAAAUUCCAUGAUAAGAGAAAAGGAAGGAAGGAAUCGGCUUGGACGAAGUGUUUUGAUCAUAGUGGAGGGAGAAUUACCUCUGUAGAUUCAGUGGAUGAACAUAUGGUUGAUCUUACUGAGCUUUUUCUUGGACUUCGAUUUGCACAUGGAGCACAUAGUCAGCUUUACCAUGGGAAGUACAAGGAAGAACCUGUUGCAGUCAAGAUUAUUAGGGUCCCGGAUGAUGAUGAAAAUGGAAAUUUAGGGUUCCGUUUGGAGAACCAGUUUAUAAGGGAAGUUACUCUUUUGUCUCGCCUCCAUCACCAAAAUGUUGUUAAGUUUGUAGGUGCGUGCAGAAAGCCGCGUGUUUUCUGCAUAAUUACAGAGUAUUUACCUGAGGGUUCAUUCAGAUCAUAUCUUCACAAGCUUGAUCACAAAUCUCUCCCUUUAGCAAAACUGGUUGAUAUGGCAUUGGACAUAGCUAGUGGGAUGGAAUACAUUCAUUCUCAGGGAGUCAUUCAUAGGGAUCUCAAACCAGAGAAUAUACUCAUCAAUGAGGAUUUCCGGCUAAAGAUUGCUGAUUUCGGCAUAGCUUGUGAGGAAGCCUAUUGUGAUCUUCUGGUUGAUGAUCCGGGCACUUACCGUUGGAUGGCUCCUGAGAUGAUCAAACGUAAGUCAUAUGGAAGGAAGGUUGAUGUGUACAGUUUUGGACUCAUUUUGUGGGAAAUGGUCACUGGUUUCAUCCCGUAUGAAGAUAUGACUUCUGUGCAAGCUGCUUUUGCCGUAGUCAACAAGAAUACGAGGCCAACAAUUCCCAUGGACUGUCCUCCUUCAAUGAAAACUUUGAUUGAGCAAUGUUGGUGUCUGCAACCCGACAAGAGGCCCGAGUUUUCACAGAUCGUGAAGGUUUUAGAGCAGUUCGAGACUUCUCUUGCCAACGAUGGAACCCUAAAUCAGGUACCUAGUUCGCUAUUGUUUCAACAAGAUCAACAUAAAAAGGGUCAGGGUCUUCUCCAAAGGAUGCAGAAGUUUGGUGUUCUGACGCAGUCUAAACAAAGGUCUGCUUGAGCGAUUUCGACGACUGGAUCUUAGACUGUAACUUGUUGUUUUUGGAAAUGGUUUUGUAGUAGUUUUGGUUUUCAAAUGAUAGAUGCAUAACAAUGGUCAUUGCGAUUUUAGCAUGACUGUAAAUUAAAUUUCUGCUAGGGUAGAGCAGAUACUUGACUAAAUAGCUAGACCUGAGGUCUUGUAGAUGGUGAUAUUUGAUGUGCAUGUAAUAAAUGAUAUCAUUGCUUGAUAUUGUUCCUUCUCCACUUUAUGUUGCAUUGGUCCCUUUUCUUGGUGAAAGUCUUUGUUCCUAGUUGAAGCUAACUGAUUAAGGCUCUGUUUGUUU